AUGGACAUCUCCUACGAGAAUGCUGGACCCGACCGCAAGACUCUGCUUCUCGCUAACACAGGUGCGGUGGUGACCGAGGGUGACCACAUCGUCAUCGACGAGUCCAUGCUGGAUGCGUCUAACCUUAUGUCCAAGCUGCCCACAACCCAGCGCAGCUCUCACGAGAUCUGUAUGGCAUCACGUACCGGCACGAACGACUCCGAGACACUCCACGACCACUUUGUCUUCGACACCUGGCUGAACCCCAAGGGUAAGCCGGCCCAGCGCCCUCUGGAAGACAGCCAGGUUCUGGAGGAGUGGUUCAACAUCACGGUGAUCCCAGUCAACGACCAACCGCCCGUUCUGAAGACCAAAGCCCCCAGCCUGAGCGUGGUGCAGGGGGACACAGUGGCCCUGGGGCCGGAGAACCUCAAUGUGGAAGACUUGGACAACCCUUCAGAGGAUAUCCAGUACACUGUCGUCAGCAAGCCUAACAACGGCUAUCUGGCCCUGGGAGGAAGCCUGAACGAGUCUGUGGUGUCCUUCACUCAGGCUCAGAUCAACAGUGGCAUGGUGUACUUUGUUCAUGAUGGAAGCCGGGCUUCUGGGGUGUUUUAUUUUAGUGUUUCCGAUGGCCAUCACAAACCGGUCUAUAAGCUCUUCAACCUCGAGGUGACGGAGAUCACCAUCUCCCUUGUCAACAACACUGGGCUGGCUCUGGAGCAGGGACAGACGUCCGUGGUUUUAACCCAGGAGAGUCUGGUGGCAGAGACCAAUGGAAAAAACACAACGGUUCACUACCGGAUCACAGCUGCGCCACGGUACGGCAAGAUCCUCCGGCUGGAUGACCAGGAGGUCAACCAGUUUGAGCAGGAGGACUUAAGGACGGGUAGCUUGUUUUAUCACAUGACGGCCCUCACGUCUGGUCAGGACAGCUUUGAGUUCACCGCGUUUACAUCGGAAGCUAACCUGACAAACCAGGUUGUCAACAUCACAGUUAAGCCCCUGGUCAGGUUUGGCGAGGGGGUGAGAAUAUCCAAUGGCAUCGUGGUCAAACUCAACACUGGUUUCCUCAACGCAACUGAGCUGGCUUCUCUAUCCGUCAGCGACCCUUUCUUCGAGGUCGUCUCUCAUCCAAAGUAUGGAAAGCUGGUCCGAGGAAAAGCCAAAGCUGGUAAGAAAACCGAGCCACUGGGGUCUUUCUCCUUUCAGGAUGUGAAGCAGGAGAGGCUAUCCUUCGAGCUCAACGCCAACGUGACUGGAGUGCAGGAGCUGAACGACUCGUUGGUGUUCAUUCUGAAAGCGGAGAACGUCCCACCUGCCAGGGGAGAGUUCCGGUUCACUAUCGUUCCGUAUGAUCCAUCGCUAGAUCUAACCACCAUGAGUCCCAUCCUGACCACCAGCAGUCCUUUCUCUCAGCCUCUGAACCAAACGACAGUGUUCGGUGUUGGGACGGCACUACCCUCUCUGUCCACCUCCCUCCUUUCCACACAGAGACCCAGCAAGACCCACCAGAAGUUCAAAGGUCGCAACCGCUGGGGGAACACCAACAGGAACGACUCGGCAGGUACAGAUACUACUCUGGGCAAGCCCACCCUGAGUAAAGGAGACGACAAUGAGAUUUCCUUUGUGAAUACACCGGUCCGAGUAGAGUCAUACCCACAGACGUCUUCCAGCCUGAUAUUGGUGAUCCUACCUCUCCUGGCCAUGCUCUUAUUGGUCAUCAUCCUAGUGGUGCUGGUUCUCCUGCUGCGACGCAACAGGAAGAGGAAACAGAAACCUGUCACCUUGAAGCCGCCAGCCUCACCCUCGCCCUCGCCCUCAACCCCACCGGCCUAUAACGGCCAGUCGCAGAGGAGCGCGGCUGUUCCCACGGUAACGGUGACCCCACUGAGCCCCAGUAGCCCUGCCCUGGACAGACUGCCUCCUUCAGCCAAUCAGGGCUUAGUUAGCAACUCCACAUCACUGCUACUUUGCUCGUGGAACGGUGUAGAUCCAGAGAGUUCAGCCCAGCUCAUUAGGACCACACCCCCCACUCUACAGCAGAACCAAUACUGGGUAUGACUCUGUAGCUGCUGCCACCUAGAGGAGGGAUGGGGAAGUGGACUGUGUACAUUAACAUCCAUCCCCACCAACCCCACUCAUCGUUACACUGUAAACCAUGACACUACUGUACUAUUUGAUUUGUGAUAUAAUCAAAGCAUUUUCUACUGAAGCUAAGCACAAUCAGCACUGGGAAUUCCAACCACUAUCCCAACUUUGCAACAUAAUUAGUACUGGGAAUAACAACCACUAUUCCCACAUAACAACCUAAUAAGGAGUUGGUAGCCUAUCACUGCUGGACAAAAUAGACACAAUCAUGAAUAGGUACUGACCACUAGUCCAACUCACCUCUACCAACUACUGGGAACAUGUUCAGUAAUACAUCAUUUAUGUUCAGUAUUGAAGAAGUUACUUCUUGCUCUGACUUUCGGGGGUUUUAGCCCAAGCAAAGCGUCAAUAUAUAAGAUGACCUACAAGUAGUGAGCGUGGUUAAACUAAACCGAUACCAAUCCCCCAGCAGGAGAACAGAGAAAGGAAGUAGUAGUGAGCGUGGUUAAACUAAACCGAUACCAAUCCCCCAGCAGGAGAACAGAGAAAGGAAGUAGAAACUCAAAACACAUGAACUAUAAAAGGCUGGCGAGGAAAGGACGGGUCAUAACUAGCAGUGAGUAUCACAGGCGGCUGGUGGCGCCUUAAUUAGGGAGGACGGCUCAUAACGAUGGCUGGAAUGGAGUAAAUGGUAUCAACCACUCUGAAACUCUGUGUUUGAUUCCAUUCCAUUAACUUCGUUCCAGCCGUUAUGAGCCGUCAUUUGUAUAUAUACAGUAUAUGAAAAAAAAAAAAAUGGUGUGUCAAUUUCUACCACCCCACCCAACUAAAGAUGGUCCAGCCCAUCUGGCAUUUGCCAGAAUUGCCAGAUGGCCAAUUCGCCCCUAUUACAGUAUUACUUUUGGGACGUUGUGGUACUCACCUUAGACCAGUGGGAGAAGUGCAUGUAUGCAUACAUUCAUGGUUUCCUGAUUUCUUGUGAUCGAGGGAUGUCGCCUUACCACUCUCUUGUAAUGGUGUAUAUAUUUAAUUUUAUGGUAUUUUAUAUAUUAAAACCCAUUCUUCCUACAGUAUAAUACUUAUUUCAAGCCAUAGCGGAAGAUCCCUGUGUACUGCAGUCAUAAAUGUUACACUGCAACCCUUAAGGUUUAGGGUUUUGUUACACUGUAAAACCAGAUUGUGUCAAAUCUACCCCUUGAAAGAAAACACCUCUGUAAAAAUCGGCUACAUGCCAAAUGGUACUUUUCAUUAUUUUACAUUUCUCCACUGAACAACAAUAUAAAACGCAACAUGUAAAGUGUUGGUCCUGUGUUUCAUGAGCUGAAAUAAAAGGAUCCCACUAAUGU